UGAUAUUAAGAGGGCAUGAAAAUUUGAGAGCAAAACUGGAGCAAAAUUUGAAUUGCACGCAAAAAAAUAGUGAAGUUGGUGCUUUUGUUGUGAAGACGAAGCUCAUACGAAUUAAGUCUAGGAUGUUUUCCAGGGAAACUCAACAAGGCAAAGCAAAAGGAACAAAUAUGUCAUGUAUAGGAUGUGACAUAUUAUUUUGAACCACGCUCACUUUAAGGUUUAAUAUUCUGAUCAAUACAGGGUCAUUUAUUGGUGGAAAAACCUCAUUUAGAGACGUUCUGUGAGAUUAUCGAUUGGAGCGAAGGGCAUUUAGCGUCUAAACAGCGGAAACUCGCUUCUUGGUGUUGUAUGACCUGAAGAAAAAGGCUUCAAAAACACUAACUGUUAUCCCAGAUUUUAAAAUAAACGGCGCCAGGAAAGGACGUUUUAUGAUUACGGACACGCUAUUUUCUAUUAUGUCUUUGGCCGUCACUAUUUUCAAGUUCUCGAGAGAUUCUCAUUAACUUUGCCGUACAUAUAAAUUUUGUUAUUGUUCGGCGGGUACUGAAGGCGAUCAGUGCUAGAUUUGAAUCAUAACUGUGACGUAUUAGCAAACAAAGACGAUCGAAAAAAAAAACUCAGUUUCGAAAACAUCUUUACUAAAAUCCUCGCUACUUGAGAUUAAAGAAAUCAUCCGUUCCACAAGUUUUGCCGCUUUAUCGCCAAGACUUGACAUUUGAUUACAUUUUGGUCAUCAGCCGGCUCAAUUGAUCAAAUCUGCUCCAGUUCUCCUAUAUUACGAAUAAAUACUCCUGGCCUAUCAAUCAAGAGUGUUAAAUCGAUCAGAUGUGUUGCAAGGUGAAGCGGUGGUAGAAAAACGUCGUACGUAGAGAGAUCUCGAAUUGCGAAAAAAUGGAAUCCGCCCAAUCUUUAGGUCUAAAUUUUACUACAAAAAUGCCAUCUCAAACGCACCCUAAGUCAGGGUCGUCAUCAUCUAUGGACAUAGAGGACAUAUUUCGAGUUAUUUUUUCUGUUAUUUUGAUCCCAAUAAUCGUGUUUGGUAAUAUCCUAGUCAUGGCCGCCUACAAGACGAACCGCAGACUUCGUACAGGAACCUAUACGUUGCUGGUCAGCCUCGCGUUUUGUGAUUUCUUGGUUGGAAGCGUUUCUGUGCCAUUAUGGAUGUACACGUCUCUCAGCAACUGGAAGACUGGCGAGUUUCUUAAUUCAUUUUUCAUGGGGUUUGAUUAUCUCACUGCGUUAUCAUCGUCCAUGCACUUGACCGUGAUUUGUAUCGAAAGAUGGUUGGCUAUUUCAAAACCAUUUCUGCACCAGGUCUUCAGAAGUGAGCAAUAUUACGCAGCAAUUGCCCUUGUGUGGUUAAUCGCUCUCACUCUAAGCUCCUUGGUGUUUAUACCAGAAGUUAUUCAUCCAGGGCGAAUCUAUAUCCUCGUGUUGGUAAUCUUUGGAUUCGUGGCCCCAUUCAUCGCCAUCAGCUUCGUCAACGCUUACAUCUUUAGAGUCGCUCAAAAACUUAUUCACCAAGAACCGAUGGCAUCCACCGACUCGGCUGAAAUCGAACAAAGAAACAAGAUCCAAAAAGAGCGCCGAACUGCAAAGACUCUCGUCAUCAUUACAGCGUUGUUUUUCUUUGAGCUUCUACCAACUUAUGUGCUGGCUCUUUUGGGCGGGUUUUGCCUAAAACCGUGCCUUAUUUCCAUUGGUUGGAAAGGAAUCAAGAGCGUUAUGAAUUUCGCUAAGUGGAUGCAGUAUAGUAAUAGCGGAAUUAACCCAUUUGUUUACGCGUUUCGAGAUGCGGAGAUGAGGAAAACUUUUAAGCGAUUGUUCACGAGAAAUAUGCUGUUUCGACGAACUCAUACCGUGGGAAAUAUAAGCCAAACGGAACGCCAGUCAGCACAAAGCCAAGCUCAUUUGUAAGCGACAAGGACAAAGAAAAUUGUGUUUCAGGCAAAUUGUAUUCGAGUUAAGGCCAAAUUAUUUAUUAGCAAUGAAUAGUGUGAGUUAAAAGUUCUGCGAAAUCGCGUAUUGCAUUUUACGCCCGAGUUUUGGCUAAGAAAUUUUCUGAAGUAUUAAUAAAUUAAAUAAACUUCCUUCGUAAUAUGCCCAAGAUUACUAACGAGCAAAAAAAACUUUAGAAAAUUGUACAAUUUAAGCCACGAAAGUAAUAUAUUUGGGUCUUAGAAACUUAUACCGUUUAAGAAUAAUAAAAGAUAGAAAGGUUUGUCGGCGUUUAAACAGCCGUCACCCUUCACCGUAGAUAUUAUUUCUACAAAACAAAGACUCACUGCGCAUGCUUGUCGGAAAAUCGGCGGGAAAAUCAUCUGGCAAUCGCGUCGAAAUUGGCGGGAAAACGACGAGUGCACAAAUACUUAUAAAUAAACUAUAAUAAUAAAUCUUUAUAAAUAAAUUAAUUUAUAAGUACAGUUGCUAUUUCCUAUAACCUUGUAAUGCUAGUAUUGAAAUCGAUGAAAAAUAAAAUCUUUCAGGACCAAAGUCAAAAACUGUAAUAAAAGCUGUCAAUAAAACGUUAACAUAUUUGAUAAAGAAAACAGUUAUCAAACUGAAGAUAAUUACGAAAAGCACGGGAAAAAAUGAACAAAGUUUAUUAAUAUUUGUUUGUGAUAUUUUUGCUGUUAAUUGCGCUUCAAAAGUUCAAAAGUCGUUGCUUGUUUUCAUAGUUUUGACUGCGGAUAUUCACACCUAAUCGUCAAAGCUUCAAAUAAACUAAUGUACAUCUGCCAAAACGUUUGAAAAUCAGCGAAAACAUGAUAUGAACAGCAUUGCAAUAAAAAUAUAAAACUCA